ACUACGCAAGCCAAAAGAAGAAGAAGGUGUUUAGUCAUUUUCGAAGAAUUGUUUUCUCGAAGUUUUCCUAAAACCAGCCAUAUAAUAGGCCCUUAAAAGCUUUUACCGAUUAGUUCGAAGUGAUAUAGUAACCAGAACAGUACUACCAUGGAGUUUCCUCACUUGGGACAACACUGCAGCGAGCAAACCUGCAACAGAUUGGAUUUCCUGCCUGUAAAGUGCGACUCUUGCGACAAGGUCUUCUGCGCCUCGCACUACAACUACGAUCGGCACAACUGCCCCGCCGCCCACAGGAAGAACGUCCAGGUGCCCAUCUGUCCACUGUGCCGCGAACCCGUGCCCACGCCACCAGGAGUAGAGCCCGACAUCACUGUGGGCCAGCACAUCGACCAGCAGUGCAAGUCGGAGAGCAAGAAGAUAUACACGAAUCGCUGCCACGCCAAGGGCUGCAAGCGCAAGGAGCUCAUCCCGGUGACCUGCUCCCAGUGCCACUUGAACUUUUGCCUGCGUCAUCGCCACACCAGCGAUCACAACUGCCAGCCAUCGAGUGCCAGGCCAGCAGCGACAGCAAGCUCCUCGUCCGGCAGCGGAGGAUGGCAGUCCAUAUUCAAGACCUCCUCGGACACGCGUUCCAUGGCUGCCCAGGCGGCUGAACGGCGCAGGCAGAGCAAGCCCCCUAGCAGCAGCAUCAGCUCAACCAAUUUCAGACCAAGACCUGUACAGGCCACUCAAGUACAAAACAUACAGGGCAACAUGAGCGAAGACGAAGCCCUCGCGCGAGCCUUAGCCUUAUCGAUCAUGGAGCAGGAUGACGCGGCGGAACGCAACCGCCAAGCUCCCACCCCAAACAACGCCCAGCAGGUUUCGGUGGGCGGGGCAGGGAACCAGCAGGGCAAUGCCAAGGACAAGUGCCUGCUGUCCUAGUUCACAGGCCCCGUAGCCACUGCCCUCUCUCUCAACAUAUCCAUCACUUGACCAGCAGCAAGGAAUCUGCCCAACUACUAGAUGCUAAUCAAACACUGUUAUCGUAAUAUUUUGUUGGUAAUUUACUUCGACUUCGUCACAUUCUACGUGGUUUAGCAAAAAUAAAUCAAUGUUAAUUCUACAUUUUUGGAAAGCA